UCUUAUUGGAAAUGGCUGCCAGUUGCAUUGUCUUAAGCGGAAAAGCGUAGAUACGCGAAUAGAGAGAGCUUGUUCGUUCGUUUAAGACUCGUUUGCGAUGCGGGCCGGCGUCUCGGCUACCUGCCGCAGGUGAGCCUUCGCCCGCGACAUCUGCUCGCGCAUGCUCGCCCUCUUGAACUCCUGGAGGUUCUCGAAGUAGUCGUCCACGUCGCGCUCAUCCUGGGCGAAGAGCGUGUCGAGCACGAUCGUCCUCCCGCAAACGUCGAUGGCGGUGCUGAAGUACUUUUCCAGCUUGCGACACGACGCGUCCGAGGAGUCCGACGAGUCCCUCUGCUCCUCGGCGGAAGCGCACUUCCGACUCGGGAGGAGCAAAUCCCAAAUGUUGCCGUCUUCGAACUCGGACAAGUCGGGGAAGCAGGCCGCCAGCUGCUCGCCGACGCACGUUAGCUGCCGGUGGACGCGCUUCAAGUCGCCGGGCGAGAAGAGGCCGGCCCAGCUGCUUUGAUGGCCCCCGGCGACGCUCGCCUCGUCUCGCCGCCGCCGCCGCUGGAGCGUCCUGUCGUGGCAGGUGACGGCGAACUUGCACUCGAUAACGUUCCACUCGACGAUAAAACCCAGCUUGAACACCUCGGCUUCUUCGAAUAUGUUGCUUUUGACCGCGACCCAGCCUUCCAGGCUGUCUGGGCGCUCGCACUCCAGGUUAGUCAUUGUUCGAGGGGACGUUGGGAGACGGGCCGCCUCGUCGAAAGUGCACCUCUGUUUACACCGGCCGCCAUAUUGCCUGACGCGCGGUGCAUUCGAGGACCGCAGCGAGAGUGGGGAUUUUAACAACCGAGGUUCCGGCUUCUUCAUCAAAGUGACCCGCAGGAGCAAGACCACGUCGAUGGAGCGUUCGUGCGACUUUUUCCAUCAUCAUUAUUAUUUUUAUUCUUAGUAUUAUUAUAUUUUGCCGUUCUCAAUCUUCACAAUUCAAACUUGGCGUGUGAGUGAAAUUUGAGCAGUUUUGACAUUUGACAAUUAUUUAAAAAAUAAAUGCAUCGAAAUGGCGUUCUUUCACCAUGAACUGUGACGACUUCAAAUAUUUAAAGACCCUGUAAAGUCAUUCUGGGGAUUUGUGUCUCAAUCGCUUCGAUAUAUUUGAAGUGCUGAAAACAUGCAAAGACUGAGAACUAUUUAGCACUGAAUUGAUGAGCUAUAGCGUUCAACUCUUUUUCGCCGUCUUAGUCGUAUGUUUUUUUUUUUUUUUGGUUUUGUCUUGGGGUGGGGGCCUGGCUAAAACAGAGCCCAAGUACACACUUGGGCUUCUGACAUAAGUGUCAACUACUAUAGAAGUACUUCCGUCACAGCAAUUUUUAAUUUUCACUUCAACUUUUCAUCAUUGAUGCGAUAUUUUUCUACAGAAAUUGCAUUUUCUAGUUUGAAAUUGAGUUUAGCGUAGGGAGGGUUGAACCUACAUAAUUCUUUGGGGCGAAAGAAAUACACACGCACAUAGGACACAGAAAACCAGUUGAAUAGCUAAUGGCCAUGAUCCAGCUCCAAAAAAAAAGAUACUUUUUUGUUAGGUUUCUGCAUCUUUUUAACAUGUGUUUAUUUAAAACAAAACACACACACAAAAGGAGAAUGAAAAGUAAUGUGAAAUGAAAUCCAUUAUCAACAAAAUGUAGACAUUUCGAGGGUCAGUGAAGGCACCAGCCCCCCUGGUGUAGUGCUGAACUUUGAGUCACAAGUUUGGGGAUUUCCAUCCUGUGUUAACAGAAACGGAAACUCAAUUCUUGUAACCCUUGAAUGUCACUUGAAUCUCCUUUUCUGUAUAUUUGAAUCAGUCUGAACACAUGCAGCGUUGGCCUCUAUUCUCGGGAUGCUUCACAUGUUUCUGACAUUUGAUCCGUGUGGGCCUGCCUCGUCUAUUUCUGUCACAGCUUCUGCUUGUGUUGCAGCUGCGGCCAGAGCUGCCUUUUUCUUUUUUUUGCCCGCAAUGGUCGCGUCAAAGCGGAUUUAUUCCGGUAAAUAUCACUGCGGCUUUUCAUGCGUCGCCGCGCGCGUUGUCUUACUGUGUUCGUUUUGUUCAGGGUUUGUUGCGUAUGACGAUGUUCUCCCACAGUCAUUGCCCAUGGAUCUGUAUGAGAUUAGGCGAGCUCGACUGGAUGUGAUUGCAGAAGAAGCUGAACUCCAGGAGUUGAACAGAGACAUGUCCAGCCCCCAGCAGUCCGCCGGGGCCAAUGAGGCCGCACGUGAUGAUGUGCUUCACAAUGCUCGAAUUGAGAGCGACAUCGACGGCACCGGGAAUCAGUUGCAAGAGAAGGUGGCCGAGAUGGAGAACUUUGCAGGACACCUGGAAGAAAUCUUUCUGACUGUAGAGGAGAACUUUGGCCGACGGGAGCAGCACUUGGAGCAUCACUACACCGACGUGCUUCAGGCAAUAUCGCAGCGUUAUGACCAACGUGCGGCCAGAUUGGAAACGGAAAAGAAGGGCAAGCUGGAGGCUCUGUACGCUCAGCUGCUGGCCUGUGGGCACGCGCUGGAUGCCUCCAAGGAGCUCAUCGAGGAAGCCAAGGAGGUUUACCGCAGCCAGGACGACCGACUUUUUCUCCAGGCAGUUGUUCCCACCAUUAAACGAAUUGAGGAGUUCGCCAAAGAGGAGCGGGACCUCACGCUGGCGACAAGUCUUGAUUUUCAAACGCCGCCCGCAGACUUGUCGGAUGUCAAAAGCAUGAUGGACUCCAUUAACGUCGUCCCAGGGUGUCCCGCAGCUCCAUCCGCCCCAGUUAUCAACCCCCAAACGGCGAACUCGGCCACCCAGACGUCCCUGCGUGUGCGCUGGAGUCUGUUUUCCGACGACACAGUGGAGUUUUACGAGCUGUACUACAGACCCGUGCUGCAGGACGCGCCUGCGGACAGCACCGCUGCCCCACAUGUAAGCAAGUUAAAAGUGAGAGAGACCCACUGCACAGUGAGAGCGCUUCUGCCCGGUGCACAAUAUGAGCUCUGGGUGACAGCCACCAACACAACAGGCAUCAGCCCGGCCAGUGAGAAGGCCUUAUACAUGACGGUUCCGUCACCUCCGGUGAUCAAGCAGAGGGAGUGUUGCAUCUGUCCGGAGGCGGCUCUCAUACGCUGGGAGUCGGGAAACCCUGACCCUGUCGACUCCUAUACUGUGGAGUUUACUGAGCUGUUUGCGCCCACCGGCACUGAGAAGGGGGUCACGGAGUCUGUAGUAGCAGUGCCCACGUGUCAGUGUCUGAUCCGGCUUCAAGCAGGUCAGCAUUACCUCAUCUCUGUGAGAGCAGUCAAUAUCGGUGGGUCCAGUGACACGAGUGAGGUCAUCAGCAUCUCCACCUCUGGCACAUUCUUCUAUCUCCUCGAGGACACUGCCCAUCCAUGUCUGUCCAUCUCUGAGGAUGGUUUCACUAUUUUUUAUGGGGACGAAGAACUGCCAAUCAGCGCUAUGGCCUUAGACGAUAAUAACUUUACCAGGUGUGUAGCAGUCCUCGGAGAUCUGACUCCGGUGCGAGCGAGGCAUUACUGGGAAGUGGAGGUGGACGACAGGACUGAGUUCAGGAUUGGAGUCGCGUACGCGGACACGGAGAGAAAUUCCUAUCUGGGAGGCAACGACACCUCUUGGUGUAUGAGACACAUCCUCACUACUUCGAGGCACAGGUAUGAGUUUCUGCACAACGGCCAGAGCCCUGACCUGAGGAUCACGGUGAACCCAUUCCGAAUAGGGUUGGCUUUGGACUAUGACCGGGGCACUCUGUCAUUCUUUAACGUAGAUCUGGAACAACACCUGCACACCUUCCGGUGUCACUUUCAACGUUAUGUCCAGCCUUGCUUUGGCCUUGACAGCCCAGGAGCUCUGACCAUACACAACGGCAUAGAGGCUCCAAAAUACACAUUCGUAGGUCAUCCUUAAUCACAUUGACAUAAAAGAGUCAGCUGAAAUAAGUGUAAAUUUAAGGUGUUUUUAUUAUAGUAUUCCAUGGGAACAUACAUCCAUUUUCCAGGAGAAGAAAACACUCUCACAUGUGGUUAUACCAUCUGAAACCGAUCUGAAUUCUAUUCACACACACACAAAAAAAAAUGGGGCUGAUUUGUGAUCAACAAAAAUAAAAUAUGUCCUGAUUAAUAAAUCUCUGGUGAUUUUCAUUAAAAAAAAAAAACUGCUACAUUGUAGUCAUGAAGUACUCGGUGGACAUUUUCAGCGUUCCUCGGCUAUUCAAACCCCCAGCCCCCAAAACAUUUGCGAUUGCCACAAGGUGGCAGCUGUAGCCUGUGCACAAAAACAGCAAAUGGGUGAGUUUUCAGCAAAAACCUCUCACUUUAUUUGCAA